UAGAAUUCAUGAAAAAAUGCUGCACACGAACCACUGCCACUUCUCCCCGGUCACCCUUCCCCCACAUCACCACGCUAAAAUCCCACACAUUCACACGCGACUUGGACCCAACCGCGAGUCCGCGACACCGCGUCGUCUCCCACGGUCGAGGCGCGUCAAGGCAAAGCAGCCAUGCCGCCGCCGCCGGAGCAGGAGGAGCAGAAGCCGCUGCCGCGGCCGAAGCCGAAGCCGAAGCCGCCCAAGCCCAAGACGGGGCCGGAGCCGCGGCCGAAGCCGCCGGGGCCGCUGCCGCUGCCGCAGCGGGACGCGACCCCCUCCGGCGGCCUCCUGUUCCCGCCGGACCCUUUCGCCUGCGUCAACAACUGCUCCGACGCGUGCGCCUUCUACCGCCUCUGCCCGCCGCCGGCGUCCCAUGCCGCCACCGUGCACCUCAGGUCGGGCCGGCUGCCGACGCCGCUCAUCGCGCUCUCGGCGUCCCUGCUCGCCGUCUCCGCGGUGCUCCUCCUCGCGCUCCUUGUCCACCGCCUCGUGCGGCGGCGGCGGAGGCGGCGGCGGGCGCGCGAGGCGGCACUGGCCCAGGGUGACGAGGAGGGCGGCCAGGUGCUGGCUGGCGCGGUGGCGGGCGACGGGGAGGAGGAGGAGGAGGAGGAGGCGGCCGACGGCGACGGGGUGCACCACGUGUGGUACAUCCGGACCAAGGGGCUCGACGAGCGCGCCAUCGCGGCGAUCGCCGCGGUGGUCUACGACGCCAAGAAGCGCGGCGGCGCCGGCGCGGUCGACGGCGGCAGCUGCGCGGUGUGCCUCGCCGAGUUCCGCGACGGCGAGACGCUGCGCCUGCUGCCGCGGUGCGGCCACGCGUUCCACCGCGGGUGCAUCGACACCUGGCUCCGCGCCCACGUCAACUGCCCGCUAUGCCGCGCGCCCGUCCAGGUCGCCUCCGCCGCCGCCGCCGCGCCGGGCGCGGCCACGGCCACGCCAGGCGGCGAGCCGGACCCAGAUCCUGGCGCCGCCGGUGUCCCUCGGCGGGCAGAGGACGCCGAGCGCGGCGGUGUGCCGGACCGCGCUGUCAGGCGGGCCGCGUCCAUGGUGGCGCUGCCGCGGCGGGCGUGGCCGGACGUCUCGUUCCGGGCGCCGGCAUCGAGCAGCGGGCGGGAGGAGGACUUGACGGGGCUCGGGAAGAUCAUGAGGCUUCUGAAGCUCGCAGACUCGCUGGAGAUGGCCGGCGUCGGGGCAGGGAGGUCGGCGUCGUUCGGCGCCGGGAGCUGUCAGCGCUUGCCGACGAGGUCCGGGCCCUCGGCCGCCGGCGUCAGCUCCGGCGAGAUGCCGCAGUGAACCGGUUGACACCGACGAGAAGUGAUCGGAGAAGAGUUGCAGCUUUGGAGCUCGGAGGGGGGGAUGGUGGUGUUGGUUUGCGAAAUUUUGGGUGCCCACAGGGGAAGGUAAAAAUGUCACCUUCUCCUAGUUCCCGGUAUGAUCACUCGAUCAGUAUGCAGUAGAAAGUAAAUAAACAGAGUUUGUGCAUAAGCUGCGGAUCGUCAGAAAUUGUACAUAAGAAUUCCUGACAGAAAGAGGUUUUGUAUGUGCGAGAUCACUUGUGUUUGUUGUUGUUGAAUGUCUGAAUGAUAUGAAUGAGAUGAAGACACAUUCUGCACAA